GGAAAAUGAAAGUUUUGAAAUUCGAUACUGGAAACACUCAACGUUCAACCACAAGAUACAAGAUGGCAGGUCAUUUUUCAGAAUUUGGAAUAUUACCCGAAAUUCUUCAAGCAAUUGAAGAAAUGGGUUGGCAUUUACCAACAGAUGUGCAAGCUGAAGCUAUACCCCUGAUUCUUGGAGGAGGUGAUGUUCUAAUGGCGGCUGAAACUGGUAGUGGCAAAACUGGGGCUUUUUGUCUUCCCGUCAUUCAAGUGGUGUAUGAAACAAUACAGGAUGCACUGUCGGGCAAAAAAUCUGGAAAGGUCUUAAUUGAAGAUAAAGAAAAAACGUGGAAGAUGAAUGUGUAUGACAGAGACUCACUAUUUGCGAUAGAUGAAGAUGGUUUGCUCUGCCAGAGUCGAGACCAGUCCAAAUGGCAAGGUGGCAGAUCCGUCCUUGCUGUCAAAAAAGGCAAAUUUUACUACGAGGCAAAAGUAACAGAUGAAGGGUUGUGUCGUGUUGGUUGGUCGACCAAAGAUGCAACUUUUAACCUAGGGACUGAUAGGUUUGGAUUUGGUUUCGGUGGAACAGGAAAGAGUUCAUUCAACAAGCAGUUCGAUACUUAUGGAGAGUCAUUUGGCCUGAAUGAUGUCAUCGGAUGUUAUAUCAACCUUGAAGAUGGAACUGUCAAGUGGAGCAAGAAUGGUACUGAUUUUGGAGAAGCAUAUGAGAUUCCUGACAAACUGCAAGGCGUUCCAUUUCAUGCUGCUGUUGUUUUAAAGAAUGCCGAGUUAAAAUUCAAUUUUGGUGGAGAGCCGUUCAGAUAUCCGCCGAAGGAAGGUUACAUCGGCCUCAGUUCUGCUCGACCCGGAUGCGUGACGUCAUCAACGACAGGGACCGUAUCCCGUUCGCCGGGAAAGUUCUCCAACGAAUGCUCGCCCUCGGCGAUCAUUUUAGAGCCCUCCAGAGAACUAGCUCAGCAGACGCACAGCAACAUAACCUUGUUUAAGAAACACUUGCCAUCUCCUAGCAUCAAGGAAGUCGUUUUGAUUGGCGGGGAAAAGGUUAAAGACCAAAUAAGGCUGCUGCAAGAGGGGGUCGAUGUCAUCACAGGAACCCCAGGAAAAUUUGAUGACUUCGUCUCGACAAAAAAGAUUAGUUUGGACCAGGUGCGUUUUUUCAUCCUGGACGAGGCGGACGGCUUACUAAGCCAAGGUAAUCAUGAUAUUAUUAUGAGGAUUUACAACAAAAUACCGAAAUUUUCAUCAGAUGGAAAGCGUUUACAGAUGAUUGUGUGUUCGGCGACUUUGCAUUCCUUCGAAGUGAAGAAAUUAGCGGAUAAAAUCAUGCAUUUUCCAACUUGGGUUGAUCUCAAAGGUCGCGAUAGUGUACCUGAAACAGUCCAUCACGUGGUUGUUCACGUAGAUCCGAGAAAAGAUUACUCUUGGAAAAGUUUAAGACAAAAAGUAAAGACUGACGGUGUCCAUAACAAAGAUAAAUUAAAUCAAUCUCAUACUAGUCCAGAGAUGUUUUCGGAGGCUUCAAAAAUGUUAAAAGCUGAAUACCUGGUUAAGGCUAUCAGACAGCAUCGAAUGGACCAAGCUAUUGUAUUCUGCCGAACUAAACUAGACUGCGAUAAUAUUGAAAAUUACUUGAUAAACCUUGGAGGAGGAAACAGAGCUAUGGUAAACGAAUACUCGUGUGUUUGUCUCCAUAGUGACAGAUCUGUACACGAACGACGUGAAAACCUAAGAAUGUUCAAGGAAGGUGAGGUGAGAUUUUUGAUAUGUACUGAUGUGGCUGCAAGGGGUAUCGACGUACAAGGCAUUCCUUUUGUUGUUAAUGUGACAUUUCCAGAUGAUAAACAAAACUACAUCCAUAGAAUUGGACGAGUUGGACGAGCUGACAGAAUGGGCUUAGCAGUUUCAUUAAUUUCUGACGUUAAGGAAAAGGUGUGGUACCACAAAUGUCCAAGUCGCGGUAAAAGCUGCAACAAUACGAAGCUGGUUGAACACGGAGGAUGCUCCAUCUGGUAUGACGAACUACAGUAUUUAAAUGACGUUGAGGAACAUCUUGGUGUGUCAAUACCGGAGUGUAAUUCGGAUAUGGUUGUGCCUCAGAACGAGUUUGAUGGAAAAGUUGUCUACGGAGCCAAACGAAAAAAAUCAGGUUCUAUGUACGAGAACCACGUACUGGAGUUAGAACCAUCAUUGGCCGAGUUGGUAAAGUUAGAAAAAGACGCACAAACCUCGUUUUUAAAGUUGAGGCGGAAGAAAUGGACAGCGGUGCAUUGAGUGAAGGCAAGUUUCAUUGUUGUGUCGUAAUCUAACCAUGGAUAAUAAGAUAUUGCAGAUAAUGGUCAGACAAACCUAAAUUAUUGUUUUAUUUUGCGACAAUUAUUUUCAUACCUAAGUUAUUGUGUUUAUUUUGCAAUGUCUGCAAAUGACCACGCUAUCUAGAGAGUUUGGUUGCUUUCAGUGUAUUGACUAUUGAGUCUCUAGUGAAAGAACGAGCAUUUUUCCCUCAUCAAGUUAAAAAAUUAAUAUAAUUACCACAAAGUAUUAUAAAAAUGUAG